AUGUAUACUACUGACUUGGAAGCGCGGCAGGUCGGUGUACUUGUACGUCCUUGUCGUGGCAAACUGUACUGGGACACUUCAUCGUUUGGCCUUGAGACCCUCACAAAUAUUAUAGGUAUCCUGAUAUACGACCAUACAGCAACCCUCCCAGAGGAAAUCGCGUUUAUAUGGAGUCGUCCGAAAGCGCUAUCUGCAAUGUUAUUUCUCUUUAAUCGUUAUGCCGCUCUGCUCGGUAAUAUCUUUGGCCUGUUUAGCGAUUUCCUGCCUGUUUCAAAUAAGGUUCUACGAUGUUGUGCAUGUUACUCGACUGGCAUGCUUACACCUCAUCUCCGCAGAGGUUUCAGCUUUGCCCGACAGGUGUUAAUUUUUUCCCAACAAGUCUUCAUUUGUCUCAUAUUGUCUCUUCGCACUUAUGCUCUCUACGGCUGUAGCAAGCGCCUGCUUAAAUGGAUGGCAAUCAUCGGUCUUGUUCUUACGGUAGGAGCGUUGGCGGCAACUUUUGGAUAUGAUUCAAACAGUGCGACCGACGGCGACUGCCAUGUAGUAUACACAGCAGUGACAUCUGUCCGUCAUGCGAUGGCAUGGGUAGCAAUGUUUAUCUACGAAUUGCUCAUCUUCGUCCUCACAGUCAUCCAGACUUGCAAGACCAGGGGAUUCCCGCGAUUAUCCCUAGUAUCCAGGAGAGAUAUCCUUGAUGUCAUAUUCCACGAUGGUGUGAUGUACUUCGCAGGGAUGACAUUGGUCAAUUUACCCAACAUUCUGACAUACUUCUUUGUUUCAGAUAUCAUUAAGGGCGGCCUGGGCCCAUUUACUAGUUGCAUGUCUGUUACUCUCAUCUCUCGCCUGAUGCUUAACCUGCAUGAAUCUAUCGACACUGGCAUUUUCUCUACCCCCGCCGGGACCAGCCUCGAUGUCCUUACCACUAGGGUCGACGUACAGUCCGCGGUCUCCUCUCACCAUUAG